GCGUGCUCCUUACAAAGUUUGUUAUUGUUACAAAUUAUUACAAACAUAUUUUUUUUCAUUUUUGGUUCAGUAUUUAUUGUAUUUUCGAUAAUUUCGGUGGUGCCCGCUGUCCAGUGCUAUUUCGAAAGCCUGUAAAAAUGUCCAAUGUGAUGUCUACCAGCUCUUGGAGUCAUGAAGAACCUAUAGCAAUAGCUCUACUAGAAAAGAAAGAUCUCACAUUUAACCAUCUGAAAAAUGGACAAAUCGAAUUAGCCGCGGACCAAGCGGAACCUGGUGAAUAUACUAAGUGUACAGUGGAUGAAAUGGUUGGAGAAUGGUUCUUCCAAGAUAAUACAAAAUUGUUUCCAGUCAUCAUACAGUCGGAAAAUCCUGUGGCAUUUAUCUUCCCUCCUGGAUCGGGGAAAUCGAGCCUAGCGCAGCUUUUCGAAUCGUAUGCUUCGAAUUCAAAAUCUAUCGUUGGUGCCGGUAGUGAUAAGACAAAAAUGAAUUCAUUUUUUGAGACUUGUUGGUUCGCAUUAAACAACUCUUCACUUUACACGAAAUAUCGAAGUAAUUGCGCAGUCGUUUACAUAGAUUUUAGAAAUAUAGUGAUUGAGCAGAACGAACAGGUGUUUUAUCGGUCUUUAAAAGUUUUGAUGUGCGCGGUUUGGAAUAAAUACGCCCCGGAAGAAUUUUUAUUAUACGAACGAAAACACUUGAAGAAAGAUAUAAGUGCAGUGUGUUCCUUGCAGCGUCUCGUUGUAUCGCUUCUAGCCCAGGACAGAGACGUUUUUGUACUAUUGGAUUCGUGCGACGUGGUUUUUAACCAGCUCGCAAACCUUGACAGGAAUCGGAAGGACAGAACAUUAUCGCAGUUACUCCUGAUGUUUCUACAAUGUCCAACUGAAACUACCCUCGUGAAGUAUAUUUACUUAGGAGUAAAUCCUUAUUUUGCUGUAAAUAACCUAAGACACAAUACUGACGUUUAUUCAAUUUAUGUAUUACUCGAUGUGCUACCAGAAAAGGAAGAAGAAUACGAGGAAAAUAGACGCUUGGUUCGAGAAUGUUUUUCCUAUUCAAAAGAAUCAAUUGAAAAAGCAUGCGAACAUAUGAAAUUGGAAAAUAUCGAUGAAAUAGUGGAGCGGUGUACUAGAGUUGCCGAAUUUUCAUUUAAUGGCUUCGAGUUAAUCAAUCCCUAUUUGGCAACCGCAUAUCUUACUACUCUAAAAAGCAGAAGUUCGUACAGUGUAAACAUUGCGCCAAGAUCUCUCUGGCACGAGGCUAUUUUCACUGAGAGAGAUGUUGAUAUUAUUGCAAAGAGCUUAACUAAUGACACCACCGCAUUCUCGUUUCCUAUGCUAAUGUCCUCUACUCAUAUCUUGACAUCGUUUUCACAAGACAGAAGGUGGUUUUAUAAUCUUUUUAUCUACGGCGGAUAUUUUUCCGGUGAAACAAUAAACAACAAUCAAGAUGAACAUAUGAUACGGGCUUCAAACCAAACUACUAAACUAGUUCUGAAAUAUAUGUUGGAAAAUAUUUGGAAAAAGAAAUACCAGACAUUCACGAUGGAUAACCGUCAACAGUCUGCGAGUAACCAACGAAAGCGUGCCGGUAACCGACAAAAGCCUGCUAAAGACGAAUCCGGAUACAAAUCAAAGCUAAGAAAAAGACGGUAGAAUUGAUGUUACAUAUCCUGUGGUUCUACUAUGUCGUAGAAGUUUCUCUAGUGCGUCGAUUUUGAGGUGCUUUUACGUUCGUUUUGUUGUUAUUCUUUCUCUAAUUACCUACUUAUACUUAAGGUUCAUUUAUAGUGGCGAUAAGCUGGUAAUAGAAAAUUUCUACAGAAAAUCGUGGAAUUUUUUCAAACUCAAUUUUAAGCACUUUUGAACCUUUAAACUUGUAAAAUAAUAACAUUUCUUGUAAAUUCUGAUGAUUAUUCACUUUAAUAAAAAGUUUUCAAACUUCAUCUCAUUCAUCACUUUUCUAUGGAAAAGUUAAAAAAUUUUGACUUUUCCAUAGAAACGUAAAGAAAUUCCACGGCCACUAUAAAUGCUUCUAUAGUAACAAAGUGGUUUUAACUUUUCUGUGGAAAAAUUCCAUGGCCACUAUAAAUGAACCUUUAAGCAUUGGAUGUCUCCUAGCCCCGAUGCUUUUUCUUUGAGGGAACCUACAAGUUAAUUGUUUUGUUUGAUGUUUUUGUUUUUUAAUUCAGUUAUAAUCAUAAUGAUUGUGAUGUACAAGUAAUUGAUUUUAAUUUUAUAUAAUCAUACGUACUUACGUAAAGUAUGCUAUUUAUAUAUUUGUAUGUACUUGUUCAAUAGGUAUCUCUGCGGCUUUAUGUUAUUAUCGUUAUAAGAUUUUUGUGUUGAUAUUUUUCGUUUCCUAAGUUGUUUGUAUUUGUCAAUAUUUGUUCAUGAUAAAAUCA